UCGAAUUAGUUGACGGUCCAGUUUUAUAACAUGGCCACAAAGGAUGUGUUUCGAUACAAGCGUCGCACAGAGUUUUGUACAUGUAUCGGCAUCUCUAGACUAUAAUCUCCAGCAGCGCAUAAUUGAAAAAUGAUGUCUGUGGAAUUUGGCAACAAAAUCGUUGUUUUUAACGAUGAGGCAUCGAGAACAAGUUUUGGAAGUAAGAAGUAGGCAUUCUUUGGUUGUGUUUGCAUGUGACACUUGUUGCUGAGAUUGGCAAAGCUGUUCUGCAGAACUGUCAAAAUCUGAAGCUACACAUUGUAUAGCUGCAGCGUAUUCACAAGUUAACGAAAAAGACUGAAAGGGAAGAACGACCACUAGUACUAAAUCUUCGCGUCGUAUAUAAGCUUCUGUGGUUUGCUUAGUGAUGGAUAAACUUCGAAGAGCCUUAAGUGGGAAUGAUGCCCAGCCGGAAGAAGAAAGCGGCAUUAUGCCACAGCUGAUGGAAUCAACGACACUUAGUUGGUCAACAAGACUGAAAGGAUUUAUUGUGUGCUUUUUAAUUGGCAUUCUGUGUUCAAUUUUGGGAUCCUUCUCCCUUUUCUUUAGCAGAGGUCUGGUGCUGUUUGCUGUUUUUUACACUCUGGGGAAUAUCAUUACACUUGCAAGCACGUGUUUCCUAAUGGGGCCUGUCAACCAAAUUAAGAAAAUGUUUGCCCCGACAAGAGUAAUUGCAACAAUUAUGGUUAUCGUGAUGUUUGGGCUCACUCUUUUUGCUGCCAUUUGGUGGAAGAAAGCUGGCUUGGCACUGCUGUUUGUUAUCCUUCAAUCCCUUGCCAUGACGUGGUAUUCUAUCUCAUACAUACCAUAUGCUCGAGAUGCAGUUAAGAAAACUGUCUCUGCUUGUAUUGCAUAAUGGAUGCAAAGGAAAAAGCACAUUUUUCAUGUGCUGUGUUGAUAUUUUGGUAACAGUGGAGGCAGCAACUCGCAUCAUCUGUACAAGUUAAUUUAUAUUUCUCUGUAUAUGCAAGAGGUGUUGUAUGUGUACAUGAGUGUUCCGUGCUGUCCUUCCAGGAUGUGACCUGUAGCUUUUAUUACUGAUGUACUAUGUUACUAUCUAUUCUUGUAAAUAUCUUGAUGUUUGUGGUUAUAAAUAUAUUUCAAGGCUGACUGUGUGUUAAAGAUUAUAAAUUUAACUCCAGAAAUUAUUUUUGUACAAAUGUUGAUGUAAUCUUUAAAUAAUGUUUCAGGGCACAUCCUACAUUGUACUCAGUUAUUGUUUUCAAAGAAUUGUUUACUGCACUUUCUUCAUUUUUAGCUGACAUUAGUAGUCAGAGAAAAUUGAAUUUGAUUGUUCACUGAAUGAAAGAACUAAUUAUGUUAAAUUUGCUAUACGAAAAGGAAGCAGAAACAGCUUCUACUUUUCUUGUUUUGUGAAAGGUGAAGCAUGGAUAGAAAAUUACACUGUACAGAAUUGCCAUAUUGUCCUCUCAAAUAAACCUUAUCAGGUAACUAAGAAACUCACAAGAAUUAUGUCAAGAAUAAGAAUAUCUUUGCCAAGUGUUACAUUAAAAAAACAAAAGUAAAAAGAAGUGAUUAGUUAGACACUAUUUCUGUUAAAGUAAAAUUUCAUCAGUAGCCCAUUUCACGACUGUUGCUAAUUGUAUGCACCAUUUCUAUGAAAAAGAGAGAAUGUUGUAUUGGCAUGUUUUAGCAUGUCUGAGUGCCAGUUUAGCUAAUUCCUUAUGUACAGUAAAGGCAUUAACUUCUCUUAGGAUUUUCCAUUUGCUGAUGUUUGCAGCCAGUAUUGGUACAAUUGUCAUUAACUAAGCAGUGUUGGUCAUACCAUGUCACCACAAUUGAAAAUGUGUGUUGGUACAAUUUGAUAUCAAAUAUAGAAAUCCAAUGUACUGUA